GACCAAUGAUUAAUAGUUGUCAUCAUGAAGCAAAGUGUAAAUAUUGUUUUGAAAAGAUGGGUGGUAUACCUGCUAAUAUGUUACAAUAUCUUAAAGAAGAUUGUUCUAAAAUUAGUAAAGAAAUUCGUGAUACUCUUCAUUCUUUUGUGAAUAGAAAUAUAUCUCAAAAUGAAGCAACAGCAAUACAUUGCCAACUAUUACAUGCCUUACUUUCAGCAAAUGUUCCUUUCUCUUUCGUAGAUAAUUCUGAAGUUAUCAAAUUAUUUAGAAUGUUACAACCUUCAUAUAAUCUUUCAUCAAGAAAAUGGAUUAGCAUUGAAAUUUUAGAUCAAAUAGGAUUUGUAUCUGAUAGUGGAUCAGAUAUGGUUAAAGCACAACGUCUUAUGCGUCAA